AGUACUGUCAAAACAAUGUUGAAGCCACAGCAGAUUCAUCAAUCCCGUUCCAUCAGAAACUUACUUCCUUUCCCCAGUCAAUUCAUCCAUGGCUUCUCUACCCCAGCUUUUCUCCCACUUUGUAACUCAAAGAUCAAUCAAACGCGUAAAAAUGUUAAACUUGGGUUCCACCCCACUCCUGUUAAAGUAGCUCUAACAAACACUCCAGAGAAACCUGUUGCUGUUAAGGCUACUGUCAUUGUAAAGCAAACCGUCACUAGUUUUAUCAAAAACAUAGGCAUACAACAAGGCCUUGAUGAAAUCCAAGAUUUGCUUGGCAAAACACUGCUCUUGGAGCUUGUUGCUGCCCACCUUGAUCCUAAGACUGGAUUAGAGAAGAAAAGAAUUAAAGGUUAUGCACAUCGUGUAAGCAAGGAUGGGAGCAAUGUUAAGUAUGAAGCCGAGUUCGAAUUCCCUGCAGAUUUUGGUGAGAUCGGUGCUGUUGUUGUUGAAAACGAGCAUCAUAAGGAAAUAUUUAUUGAGGACAUAGUGUUUGAUGGUGUGCCGAAUGGAACUGUUAGCGUCAACUGUAAUUCGUGGGUACAUUCGAAAUUUGAUAAUCCUCGAAACAGAGUCUUCUUCACCAACAAGUCGUAUUUGCCAUCUGAGACACCAAGUGGAUUGAGGAAACUUAGAGAAGAUGAGCUCUUGAAUUUACAAGGAAAUGGGCAAGGAGAGCGCAAAUCCUCAGAAAGAAUUUACGAUUACGAUGUUUACAACGACCUUGGCGACAUCGACACUGAACCAACCAAGAAACGAUCGAUUCUUGGGGGCAAAGACUUUCCCUAUCCUCGCCGUUGCCGAACUGGACGUCCUCGUUGCCGCACAGAUCCGAGUUACGAGAAAUGGGAAGAAGGUUUCUACGUGCCGAGGGACGAAGCAUUUUCGGAGGUGAAGCAGCUGACUUUCUCCACGAAUUUCAUAUACUCGAUGUUGACGGCAAUAAUACCAUCGCUCGAAGCUUCGAUCCUCGACCCUGAUAUGGGAUUUCCAAACUUCAACGCCAUCGACGAGCUUUACACUCAAGGGCUUAACUUGCCAACCCUUGAUAAGAAAGAGCUUUGGAAAUCAGUCCUCCCUAGGCUCAUCAAGACCGUCUCCGAUGAAGCUCACAGUAUUUUGCGCUUCGAGACGCCUGAAACAUUGGACAGAGACAAAUUCUUUUGGUUGAGGGAUGAGGAAUUUGCUAGGCAAACUCUUGCUGGACUUAACCCUCUUAGCAUAAAACUUGUGACGGAAUGGCCAUUGAAGAGCAUACUCGACCCUGAAACCUACGGUCCUGCAGAAUCCGCAAUCACCACCGACCUUAUUCAACGAGAAAUCAAUGAAGUCAUGACUGUCCAUAAGGCGAUAGAUCAAAAGAGACUAUUCAUCCUUGAUUAUCAUGACUUGUUCCUACCCUACGCUGAGAGAGUUAGAGAUCUUAAAGGCCGUGCACUUUACGGAUCACGAACCAUAUUUUUCUUGAACCCUGACGAGACUUUGAAGCCGAUAGCCAUCGAGCUAACUCGACCACCGAUGGACGGAAAACCACAAUGGAAGGAAGUUUACACGCCUUGUUUGCAUUCCACCGGAGAUUGGCUUUGGAAACUUGCCAAAACACAAGUUCUUGCUCAUGAUUCAAUCUACCACCAGCUUGUUAGUCACUGGUUGAGAACUCACGCUUGUGGUGAACCUUAUGUGAUUGCAACCAAUCGAUGUCUCAGUGUGAUGCAUCCGAUUUAUCGACUACUGCAUCCUCAUCUCCGGUACACGAUGGAGAUCAAUGCAUUGGCCCGAGAAUCAUUAGUCGCUGCUGAUGGACCGAUUGAGAAAAUCAUGACCCUUGGCAAGUAUUAUCUAGAGGUUGGCUCCGUCUUUUACGACCAACAUUGGCGGUUUGAUCAACAAUCAUUGCCUGCAGAUUUGAUUAGCAGGGGAAUGGCGGAAGAAGAUCCAAGUGUUCCUCAAGGCCUUAGGCUAACAAUCAAAGACUACCCUUAUGCCAGUGAUGGUCUCUUACUCUGGGAUGCCCUCAAACAAUGGGUUACUGAGUAUGUUAAUCACUACUAUCCGAACCCGAGCAUGGUAGAAGCUGAUCAAGAGCUUCAAGCAUGGUGGACCGAAAUCCGAACCGUCGGGCACGGUGACAAGAAAGAUGAACCAUGGUGGCCGGUUCUUAAAACCCCGAAAGACUUAAUCGAGAUCCUCAUGACUAUAAUUUGGGUUGCAACAGGUCAGCAUGCCGCUGUCAACUUCGGACAAUACACGUAUGCAGGGUACUUCCCUAGCAGGCCUUCGUUCACGAGAGCUAAAAUGCCGAACGAAGACCCUACCGACAACGAAUGGCGACGAUUCUUGAGAAAACCCGAAGUUGCAUUACUCGAAUGUUUGCCUUCUCAGAUUCAAGCAACUCGAGCAAUGGCGGUUUGGGAUGUGAUCUCGCAUCAUUCUCCUGAUGAGGAGUAUGUGGGGGACAAACCGGAGCCAUCGUGGGUGGAAGACCCGGUUAUAAGAGCUGCAUUCGAAAGACUUCAUGGGAAGUUGAAGCAAGUUGAAGGCAUUAUAGAUGAAAGGAAUGGAGACUGUAAUUUAAAGAACCGAAAUGGAGCAGGCAUUACACCUUAUGAGCUUCUGAAGCCAUUUUCGGAGCCUGGGGUUACAGGGAUGGGUGUUCCUAAUAGUGUUUCUAUUUGAAAGCCUGAGCAAUUGAGCUUUCUGAGUUUAUGAAUAAGUUUGCCGGUAUAUUCAUCAUUCCGUUGUUAUUUACCGUCAACAAAGUCUGGGUUCGAAUAUGUUAUUUUAAUAAAAUUUAAAUAUAUUAGUAUAA